CGUUACAGAAGGAGGGUUCAUGUGCACAGAAUGACGUCGCACUGCAAGUCUGUCUGACUCCUUCGCUGUUUUUAUCAGUCAUUCUAUCGAAGGGCUAGAAAAUCAUAAAUCUGCGGAAUUAUGGUCCGAAUGUGAGAAUACCUGAUGCGUCCGAUCUAUAUGUCGCUCUCGAUCGGUGUGUCCAAGCAGCGUCUUGAUGUCGAGGAUUACGAGUGAUAUAGGCUACGCAGCUCAGCAGAGUUCUAGCCUACUGUUCUGUGCGUUGAGCUGUCAGAACUGAAACUACAUGUAUGGAAAGAGAAAAUGCAGAAAAGCUGAAGUGGGGGAUAUUGUAAAGAAGAAGAAAUAAGGUACAGGCUUGGUUUCGUGUCUCUAUUCUCUCUUCUGGAUUAUUGCCGCCCAGCAACACAGCCACUUGACAAAUCUGAAUGUCGUAAUUAAGGUAAAUCAAUGACCCAGCGAUGGAGACCAAGAAAUACCCAAGUUUCUUCGAAGGAUCCACGGACACAGAGAAGAACAGAUGGUCCCAUGUCCCCAGCAGUGCCAUGGACUACUGCUGCAGCGGAGCCGAGGAGGCCGACAGCCUGAACCUGAACAGCAACAGUGAUGUCCUGAUGGACAUCGUCAAUGUCAGCUGCUCCCCCAGCAGCAACACAGCCGACAGCAAGGAGAGUAACAAUAACAACGAAGAGAAGAAGAAGCCAGAGCAGCAGCCUACUCUCAAACUGACCCCGAACCAACACCAGCCUUUUGUUCUACCCCUCUUUAACAGUUCCCUCCAUGGGAGGAAGCCAGAGAUGAUGGACUCCAAGGAGCUGUCCAAAACUGUGGCUGAGUCCAUGGGCUUGUAUAUGAACGUGGCCAGGGAGGCCACAGACUUUGGCGGCUUCGGCCAACAGGGGGGUCAUUGUAGUCCGGGGAAGAUGUACCCAGCGGGAGUUUGCGGGCGCCCCUGUCUCGAGGACAGCCAGUGUGCUGCGUCCGGGGGGAGCCCCAAGUUGAUGUCCCCUUCUACAGGGUUCCAGAAGCAGCCUAGCUCCACCCCAGGGGAUUGCUGCUCAUCUGGAACCCCAUCAGGGUCAGCCGUCCUGGGCUUGUCUCUGUCCUGCAGCCCCCAGGCGCCCAGCUCCAUCUCCAGCCCCGGGGGCAGCAACAACCUAGUUUCGUCCACCACCAGCCCCACCUGCUUUGGGGGGCCGUUCGCCUGUACAACCAUGAGUAACCCCGUCAACCAGCAUAGCGCUGCCGGACCAGCUCUGGCCCACAACCACGUCCACAGAAGGAACUCGGCCACCUGCAGCCCGGCAGGCUCCAGCACGGUGGGGUCGCCUCCACUCACCAGCCCCCUCAACGUGAUGCGCUCGCCCAUCUCCAGCCCUCAAAGCAUGAGCAGCGUGCUCUCCCCACCGUCAUGCAGCACCUCUACCAACAUGAGGUCAUCGUCUGUCUCCAGUCCCACUGGCAGCACCAACAACAUGAGGGCUUCAUCGUCUAUCUCCAGUCCGACCUCCGGGGGCCCCAUGGCAAUGUCCUCGAGCCCCAGGAACCCCUCUGGCGGUGGGGGUGGUUUUGCUGUGUCCAGCCCUGCUAGUGAACUGGGCCUGGUCCAGAAUGACUCCAACAGUCCUGAGGGACGAAGAGACCAGCAGGACUUCAAGGGGUUUGAGUUCCCGAAGGUGGAGAGCGUGGACGGGGAGAUGUUCAACGUAGGCCUGGACCACAUGGGUAUGGUAAAGUUCAUCAAGAAUGAACCCGACACGGACUAUAGGAGCAUGUGUCUGGGUAAUGGUAGCAACAACACAAAGUGUAACCAGGCCACCGGCUGCCCCGGCAAUGGCUCACCUUUCAUCACACAGAUAAAAAGUGAGCCAAACAAAGAUUGCGGCGGAUGCAUGAAUCCUCAGUGCUACACUGAGCAGCAGCAGCAACACUCUAUGGGUCUCUUCCAGUCAGGUCCGUCCGAGAUUACCUACUUGUCUCUGAGGGACAACAUUGACGAAUACAGUCUCUCUGGGAUCUUGGGACCUCCGGGCACGGAGAUGAAUGGCAGUUACGAAGCCGGCGUGUUCCCCCACAACCUCCUGUCUAAAGUCAAACAAGAGAACAACGAUGGCAGCUACUACCAAGAGAACAACAACAACGUUGUGCCCACCUCGGCCAUUGUGGGUGUUAAUUCAGGCGGACACUCGUUUCACUACCAGAUCGGAGCGCAGGGGACAAUGUCUUUCUCACGGCACGACCCAAGGGAUCACGGGACGAACCCCUUGUUGAAUCUAAUUUCGCCUGUUACCGCGUUAAUGGAGUCGUGGAAAUCUCGGCCCGGCAUGUCGCAGGGUCCAAGAGGAGAGGGCUAUCCAGGUCACGGCUGCAUGCCAGACAGCAUGUCAAGCGCAUCGCUGAGACACCCGUCGUCCACAGCCAAAGUGUGUCUGGUUUGCGGGGACGAGGCGUCGGGAUGUCACUACGGGGUUGUUACAUGCGGCAGCUGCAAGGUCUUCUUCAAGAGAGCCGUAGAAGGUAGGAAAAGCCAGCACAACUACCUGUGUGCCGGAAGAAAUGACUGUAUCAUCGAUAAGAUCCGGAGGAAAAACUGUCCGGCCUGUCGAGUACGGAAGUGUCUCCAAGCCGGGAUGAAUCUCGGAGCGCGGAAGUCUAAGAAGCUAGGCAAGCUGAAGGGUGUGAACGAAGACUCGACCCCCACCAAGGAGGGGGGGCAGACGUGCCCUGGAUCCGGAGGGGGGUACUUGUCCUCAGGAGAGAAGGAGCUGAGCACCAGCCCCACUAACGCCCUGGUGCCCCACGGCCCUGGAGGUGGGCUGGUGACCCCCUACCUGCCCCCCUCCAUCUGCAGCGUGUUGGAGCUGAUUGAGCCAGAGGUGGUGUUUGCGGGCUACGACAACACCCAGCCUGACACCACCGACCACCUGCUGUCCAGCCUCAACCAGCUGGCUGGGAAACAGAUGAUCCGCGUGGUCAAGUGGGCCAAAGUACUUCCAGGUUUCCGGGGCCUGCCCAUAGAGGACCAAAUCACCCUGAUCCAGUACUCUUGGAUGUGUCUGUCCUCCUUCAGUCUCAGCUGGAGGUCCUACAAACACACCAACGGACAGAUGCUCUACUUCGCCCCCGACCUCGUCUUCAACGAGGACCGCAUGCAGCAGUCAGCCAUGUACGACCUGUGUCUGGGCAUGAGGCAGGUGAGCCAGGAGUUUGUCAGGCUGCAGCUCACCUACCAAGAGUUCCUCUCCAUGAAAGUGUUGCUGCUGCUCAGCACAGUUCCCAAAGAGGGCCUAAAGAACCAGGCAGCGUUUGAGGAGAUGAGAGUGAACUACAUCAAGGAGCUGAGGAGGUCUGUGGGCAAGGCCACCAACAACUCUGGACAGACGUGGCAACGCUUCUUCCAGCUCACCAAGCUACUGGACGCCAUGCAUGAUCUGGUGGGGAACCUGCUAGACUUCUGUUUCUACACGUUCCGUGAGUCUCAGGCUCUGAAGGUGGAGUUUCCAGAGAUGCUGGUGGAGAUAAUCAGUGACCAGAUACCAAAGGUGGAGUCGGGCAACACACACACCCUCUACUUCCACAAGAAGUGACUGUACUGAGUCCUUGGGAGGAAGAGAGGAGAGAGAAUAAAAUAAUGAGAGGGGGAGGAGUGGGAGAGAAGGAAGGCUAAGGAAGGACCCUAGCCUCAGGAGUGGCCUAACUACUAUGCCAGCCAGUCGAUCUGCUGCCCCCUCUCCUUUCUCAAAUGGGACAGGAAGUGACACGUGAGGGACAGGAAGAGAGGUGGAGGAAGUUGAGUCCCCCACACUGCAGUCUCCGUCCGCCGGUUAGAGGUGACGCUGAGUGAGUGACAUCUCAGAGCCAAGGAAAACGCACUGACGAGGACUUUUUAAAAUGUGACAAAGCAGCAUCCCGACCCUUAGCGUGCCACCACCCCCCAAAGACGAUGUUUUUCUAUGGAUACGAAGCCAUACAUCUUUUUGGUUGCGCUACAGUCCAUACAUUCACACAGACCCACGUGUACAGUAAUGCAGCACACACACAGGUAGACAGUAACACAGACCAUGUUACCAUCCUGAAAAAUGUCAGAUAACUGUGCUUUUGCAUUGAUUCAUGGAUACUACUACUCUGACAAUGUGGAAAACAAUGCUUAGAUGUUGCUAUGAAGUGUAUUGUCAUUAGGUUACAUGGCAACAUAUACUUUUUCAUGACAAAGACUAAAUGUAGGGUUUCUGUGGGAGGAUCAAGGUCUAUUUGAACAUACUCCAAGGGCUAUACAAGCUUAAUAAUAAACUGAAUAGUUGCAUAAAAAGCUAACCAAUUCCACUUUUGUUCUGCAGUGGUGUGCAUUACAACACCCAAAUGCCCACAUAACUAAAAUUGUUUUAACGUUGUAUAACGAUCAAAAACGUAACUCGUAUUAAUAUGCAAAAACUUAAAAAUUAAGAAUUUUCAAAGUAUGGUGUUUUGUGUGAUCCAGUGUGAAAAAAGUUGAGUAACAGUUAAAAGUGAAUCUGCCAUGUCAUACGUGAAGGCUUUCUGAUAUGUAGAUGAUUAACUACGCAACAUUUGUCAAUAGAUUAAUUCCAUCCAUAAUAGGUGCGGGAGUAUGGAAACACCUGAUGGAUUCACAAUGACGACUUUCCCUCACAUCUUAAUGCAUUUGACGGCGGUACACCCAGUUAAUUAUCCAGGGGUUCUCAACUUUUUGGGGCUGUGACCCCUUUUUCAUAGCAAAUUCAUCAGGAACCCAUUCAUAAUCAGAACACAACUAUUGACUAAAAAUAUUUUAUACUAGGACUUUGGCAGUGCAUGUCUGGACGAACCAAGUCUUGGGCCAUGGGAAAGACCAUUUUAAAAGGCCCUUGGCAUCAGAGAGAAAACAUUGCCUUUUUCAAAGGUAAUUUCCUGCAAUUCUACACAUUUUGUCAUGGGGCCGAUUUUUCGUUGUUGUGGCUUUAAAAGCUAAUAUCCAAAAAUUCUACACAUUUUGCCAUGGGGCCGAUUUUUCGUUGUUGUAGCUUUAAAGCUAAUAUCCAACAAUUGUACACAUUUUGCCAUGAGGCAGAGAUAAAACUUAGCUGUUUAAAGCUUGAAUUACAAUGCAUAUAAAAAACAUUUUGGGGAAUACAAGAAUUUGGAAUAUUGAUAAUUUUGAUUGAGUACUGUGGAUACCAAUAUCCCUGUGAGCCUCCCAGGCCCAUGUUCCCCAGGGUUAAGAACAUCAGUUGUACAGUAGAUUAAUAAUAUGUAUUACACCCUUUAUAUAGUAUUAUUCCACAGAUCCCUUGGCCCAGAUUUGUUUAGUCUGUUAGUAAUAAUAAAAGUACAAAAAUAAAUGAUAUACAUUUUGAGAUGUGGAGCCCACUUUGAGAACCCCUGAGUUAUACAGUAUAGUGAAAACAUCAGAGCACCCAUUUCUUGGUCUAUUUCUACGUACUUACAGUGCAUCCAAACCAGCACCCUUUGUGAAGUCAACCGACACUUAUCUACCGUUUCCAGAAAUAGUCAUGAAGCAUUUUGUAAGAGUGUUGUUGCAAUGGUUUUCGGUUUCAUAAACCAGACAAUUUACACGUAAGGUGCUUCUUUUUGUAAACGCAAAGACGACGAAAUAAGACUUUUCUGGUAACUAACAUUAUCAGCAUUAGAUACAGGGUUGGGUAGGUUACUUUCUAAAUGUAAUCUGUUACUAGCUACCUGUCUAAAAUGUUCAUCAGUAACGUAUUUUCGUAUUACCCAAACUCAGUAAUGCAAUCUGAUUACUUCCAGGUACUUUUGGAUUACUUUACCCUUAAGAGACAUUAGAAGAUGACAAAAACAAUCCAUCAAACGCAUUGUGUGUGUCAUCAGUGGUCUCCGACUUGUGCUCAGACCCGCUCAGGUGGAACAAACUUAAACUUGCGCCUUUCUCAUUAAGAAAACAAAGGUGUCGUAAUGUAUUUUUCACAAACAUCCAUUCUGAAUUUAAAAGUAAUCUAGGUUUUUAAAAGUAGGCAUCCGUAAUUGGAUAUUAUUUGUGCUGGUAAAGUAACUGAUUACAGUUGCAUUUUUUUGUAAUCAGAUUACAUGUAACUCCCCAACCCUGAUUAGAUACAAUAACCUUCAAACAUACUGUAUGGCGUUGAUAUUGGAACUGGAUGUUGGAAAAUGACAUUACUCGACAGUCACAGUGCUUUAAGUAAAUGAAUAAUGUGUUCAAAUGUAUCUGGCAAGCAGCAAAUACAUACAGUAAAUGCAAUGGCACUUGCUUAGGUUACAGUCACAUUUCCCCCACUGUUGUACAGAAACUGUUUUGGAAGUAUGUUGAUACUGCUGAUAAAUGAUUGACUCAUUGCAUUGACCACCUGUCCUGAUUUUGUGUUGUCCAUCUCGUCUUUGGGCCAACUCUAGAUGUAUGGCCAGUAAUCUGGACCAUUCUUACCAGACCUGGGUUCAAACUUGAUUUGAAACUUUUCAAACUACUUGGAGCAUUUGCUUUAGUCUGCCGGGACUGUCAGGUGGGUGGGGUUUGCAUUUCAAUUGGUUCCAUUGCAAAAGUCAAGCUCAAUUAAGUACAGCUAAAGAAUUUGAAACCAUUUCAAAUAGUACUUGAACCCAUGUCUUAUUCUUACUAGUUUCACACCAGAUUGACUGACUGCUUAACCAUUGUGGAACACUAUGAUGCUACUGAAUAGCGUGAGAGAUAGAUAGUCGUUCGAGAGGAAAAACAGAGGGGGCGUUUGGUUCCAUCGUUUCACCUCAUUUGUGAGGGUGUGUGGUUGUUGUUGUUUUUUCCCCCUGGCAAGCACGAGCAAAGUUGAUCUGCUUUUUUCGAGGGCAUUGUUAGUUUUCCUACGUUCUAUAGGAUUAUGCGGAAUAUCCUAAUUGCCUGAAUUAGAUUUGUACAGAAGAGAUGUGACAAUUGAGGCAUUAACCCAGCUAGAACGUUGUGUGUCUGGUUGAUAACUAAAUGUGAAUAUAUACAGAGAGACACUGCAUGAAUAAGGCCUAUAGUUUAAAGGGAUCGUUCACUUCAAAAAUGUGAACUCCACUUUAAGGUGCUGUUGGUGUUUCACUAUAGGUUCUACUUUGUAGGAAGCUGUCCAGAGUUGGACAUAGAGAACAGACAAUGGCAGGAGGAUCACGAUUAAAGAAAAAGCCAGUCCCUAAACGGUCUCAUUUUGCAGACUGUCCAUCCAUGUCCCUUUUGUACAUUGCUGUGUUGAAGUUGUGAACUGAAGGACCCUAAAGACACGCUGUAAAGAACUGCUAUUCUUUUUCUUCUUAUUUUACUCCUUUACCCUCUCCUUUUUAUUUAAAAAAAAAUGUGUCAAAAAAGGUUCAUAGGACGAAUGGGAAAAGUAUUUUUGAAAGAAUUAUAUUUUGCUGGAAACAAUAUUUAAGUACUUUGUCUAAAAACAGAACUUUUUUUGUAAAGUGAAAUGUUUAUGCAUGCUUUUUUUGAUGAGAUGUUUACAUUGUAUUUAAGAAGGGAAAAUUGUGCCUUUUUAUCUCACCUGAUUUAACAUUUUACAGUAUAUAUUGUAAAUAAUACAGAAAGUCAUUAUGUUUGAGUAGUGUAAAAAACAUUUAUACUUUAAAGGAAUAAUCCAGUCAAAAACUAUUUUGGUAUUGGUUUCAUUAGUCCACGGUUAAUCGUUUAAAAGAAAUACAAUUUAAACUAAAGUUUACUUCAUCAGUCAAGUUGGCAAGAUGUAGAGUUGGAAGUUGGAAACUCUGGCAUAUUUCUAGAGCUCUGACUUCCUAACCCUAAAGAUCACCAACAUGAUUUUAUCCUGUUUUUUUGUCUUGAAAGCACCAAAGUCACUUUGCUUAUUGAAAAAAAGUAUAUCUUAAACUUGACUGCUGACAUGCAAAACAUUGAGACUGUAUCAACAGGGGACUAAUGAAACAAAUUAAAAUCGAUAGUUUGAGUGGAUUUUUCCUUUAACUUACAUAUUGUUGGAAUAUCUGCAGUUCAUGCGGCUCCCACUUUAUGUUGUCGUUUUGGGUCAUAGAAAGAAAUGGCACAAUGUUCACACAAAAAAGCUAGCCUGCUCCUAGAUCCGUUUGUGCAGUAUUGUCAACUCUUGCCAGCCAUUGUGAUGCCAAACAUGACGAUUGGCAGGAGUUGGCAAGACAGUACAAACAGAUCUGGGACCAGGCUACAAAAAGCCAACGGGUUAGAGUGAGUUAUGAAAGUACCAAACAUUGUGACAGACACUUUACUACCUGAAUGUUAGAGAAAGAACAGAAAUGUCGUCGUCUUUUCUUCUUCCUUUACAAAUAAUGUUAACUGUUGAUCUGAUUUGAUUUGUACUUUUAUUUUGCAUUUUAUGUCAAUGUGACUUAAAAAAAGAAAAAAAGUAGGCAAACAUAUGUUAUUUCUUUGUUAGAGAGAGUAGACCGUACCAAACUAUGGAUCAAUGAGUUCUUGCUGUGGACAUAAUUAUCUCCCAAACCCCUUGGCGAUAUGUGAUUUAAUAGCACCACACUAAAAUCAAGCAAUCAAAAAAAACAUAUUAAAGCUGAAAUAGAGUAGGUUGAAAACACUCUUGCCUCUUCAGCUAUUAAGGUUCCAACUCACAGGUUGAUGUGGUCACCACACUUGGGAUUCAUUUGACUACACUUCCAAUCCAUUUAGGAAAUAAUCUGGACAUACCAUUUGAAUUGGAAGAAAGGGCUCAUCGGGGUAUAACUCUUGGGUUGACUGAAAGUGACACCUAAAUGAAUUCGACUCCAAUACUGUUGAUAAUAUAGAACCCAAACCGUGCUACCCUGGGAUUUCUAGAAACAACCAUUUGUAUCAUUGAGAUAUGGAUGCAUCAUGACUGUUCACAGGUUUAGUUGGCUUGGUCUCAGAUUCCUCAGUGCUCCAUAUGGAAGUUCUCCUGUAUGUGGCUUACUGCCUUGCUCAGAAAUAAGUUAGUGGUUAUCUGCUCAUCCUUCUACAGUACAACACUAUGCAUUUGUACAAAGGGAUUUCCAACCAUCUCAAUUACAGUAUGCAUAUAGAACAAAUGAGGACUUUCAAUUCUGAUCAAUUCUAAACAAAAAAGCAUGUUACUCAACCUUUACAGCAAUAACUUCUCUGUGCAAGGACAUGGAUGUUCAGUAAACAAGUAUUGGGACAGUGACACUUGGUUUGGCUCUACUUCAGCACUUUUGGAUUUGAAAUGAUGCAAUGACUAUGAGAGGUUAAAGUGUAUCAUAAUGCUAGGAUAUGGGACCAAAUACUGAACUUUAGACUACUUUAUUACACAAGUGAAUUUGUGCUAUUACUUUUGGUCCCCUAAAAUGG